AUGCAUCUCAAAUUUUUGACUCUCAUGUGCUCAGUGGCAGGCGCCCUGGCAGCAAAUGGAGUUUUCAAUCAACCGAAGGGCAAGUCUUUUGUCACCAUUGAGUAUCAAGUCGGCUAUCCCAUCAACACCACGACGCCAGCCGGCGUGGUUGCCACCGUCCCAGUUUUGAGCGGCGAUAUCAAAGGCAGAUUCAAUGGCCACAUUGUGGAGAACAUUACCUCAUCCGUCGAAGCGUAUCUGGACACUUGCACAGGGAGCUUCACUUCUUUCGAAUCCCGUUAUCUUUUUGAGAACGACGCCGGGGAGCACAUUGUAGCCAAGGUUGUUGGCACCACCUCCUAUUCCAAGCAGGAUCUUCACGGAUUGGGCUACGCUACAUUCAGCACGGACAUCAAAGAUCUAAAGUGGAUCAAUACUGCGAUGUUUGUUGCUGAGUGGCAGGGCAGGGACUCCGUCAGCACCAGGGCUAUGGUGAACGAGGAUGAGGAGGUAAAUGCCUUCAACUGA